AUGGGCUGUUUUCAUUCUAAAAAACUACGACAAGUCCCUGGUUACGAGAACCCUACUAUUCUUGCAUCCGAGACACCUUUCACAGUGAGUGAAGUUGAGGCAUUGUAUGAACUAUUUAAGAAAAUCAGCAGCUCAAUAUUCGAUGAUGGUCUCAUUCACAAGGAAGAGUUCCAGCUAGCACUCUUUAGGAACAGAAACAGGAGAAAUCUGUUUGCAGACAGGAUAUUUGAUUUGUUUGAUUGCAAACGUAAUGGAGUGAUUGAAUAUGGAGAAUUCGUUCGAUCAUUAGCUGUGUUUCACCCCAACGCACCAACAGCCGACAAAGUUGCAUUUGCGUUUAGAUUGUAUGAUCUAAGGCACACUGGUUAUAUUGAGAGAGAUGAGUUGUACGAGAUGGUAUUGGCACUGUUGGACGAAUCUGAUCUGGUAUUUCCGGAUGAUGUGGUUGAAAUGAUUGUCGACAAGACAUUCAGUGAUGCUGAUACAAAAGGUGAUGGAAGGAUUGAUCCAGAGGAAUGGAAAGAAUUUGUAUCAAAAAAUCCAUCUCUUAUAAAGAAUAUGACUCUUCCAUAUCUAAAGGAUAUAACAUUAGCAUUUCCUAGCUUCGUGCUGAACACUGAAGUGGACGACUCAGAAAUAGGACUUGUGAAUAUCCAUCAAGGGCAAUCAUGUCAGAUUGAUUACAUUGAGAAUUCGAAUUCUUGCGCUCCUUUAGCCUUCCAAGCCAUAUCUUGCACAAAAUUAUUGUUCACCUCUGGUCAUGAAGACGAUUUCGAAGAUAUCGAAGAUGUGGAUGAUGACGGACCUUCAUCUGCGACAUUUGAAGGGGGACUGAGAAUCCCAGAAACAAUCUUUAGCAAGUUUUUUGACUAUCAGAGAGUUGGUAUACAGUGGCUAUGGGAACUAUAUUGUCAAAGAGCAGGCAGAAUAAUUGGAGAUGAGAUGGGUCUUGGUAAAACCACCCAUAUUUUAGCUUUCCUUGGAUCAUUGCAUUUCAGUAGUAUGUACAAACCAAGCAUUGUUAUUUGUCCUAUUACCCUCUUGCGGCAGUGGAAGAAAGAAGCUAUGAAAUGGUAUGCAAGAUUUCAUGUGAAGAUAUUACAUGACUCUGCUCAGGAAAUGAUCAGUAGGAAAAAGCGAUCAAAAUCAAAUGAAAGUGAUUAA